AUGGCUGCUCUUCCCAGUGAAUACAAGGACAAGGUCCGCAUUGCGGUCAUCGGCGGAACCGGCCUCCAAGACCUCCCCGGCUUCAGCAAAGUCGCUUCUCUCGAGAUCGAUACUCCCUGGGGCAAGCCUUCCUCCCCCAUCACAAUCAUUCAUCACCAAUGCAGCGACUCCGGCAAGGAUGUGCCCAUCGCAUUCCUCAGCCGCCACGGCACACACCACCAAAUUGCGCCUCAUGAGGUACCCAACCGUGCCAACAUCGCGGCUUUGAGAAGCAUUGGUGUCAGGACCAUUAUUGCAUUCUCGGCUGUGGGUAGUUUGCAGGAGGUUAUUAAGCCAAGAGAUUUUGUUGUGCCCGAUCAGGUUAUUGAUCGCACCAAGGGAGUGCGGCCUUUUACGUUCUUUGAAGGCGGGGUUGUGGGCCAUGUGCCCUUCGGUGACCCUUUCGAUGAGAAUGUCGCAAAGAUUGUGCGUGCAUGUGGACACAGUCUGGAGGGAGAUGGUGUUGUGCUCCAUGACCGUGGAACCUUGAUCUGCAUGGAGGGCCCUCAAUUCUCCACCCGUGCCGAAAGCAACAUGUACCGCUGCUUCGGCGGCUCCGUAAUCAACAUGUCCGCCCUCCCCGAGGCAAAACUCGCUCGCGAAGCCGAACUCGCAUACCAGAUGAUUUGCAUGUCCACAGACUACGACUGCUGGCACGAGUCCACCGCCGAUGUCACCGUUGAGAUGGUCAUGGGUCACAUGAAGGCCAACGCAGUCAAUGCGCGACGAUUCGUCGGUGCUGUCCUCGAUGCAUUGGCGCUUGACGUUAAUGCUGAUACAGUUAAUGCUAAGCAUCUUGAGGGCGGUAUUAAGUUUGGAAUGAGCACGCCCGUGACGGUGUGGAGUGACGAUGUGAAGAAGAGAAUGGAAUUUUUGUUCCCUGGAUAUUUUUAG